AUGGGUUUCCCGUCGAGAUGGUGUAGUUGGAUUAAAGGAAUUAUUGAAUCGGCAAGAUCGUCAGUUUUAGUUAAUGGUUCGCCUACGUUCGAAUUCAAGUGCUCAAAAGGGAUUAGACAAGGUGAUCCGAUUUCUCCUUUUCUAUUUAUUAUUGUUAUGGAGGCGUUAUCGUAUAUGAUUGAUAGGGCAAAAAAUGAUGGGGCUGUGGUUGGUAUUCAAACCCCUUUGAAUGGAUUAAAGAUAAAUCUUUCGAAAUCUAAUUUAUUUGGGGUCGGAAUCAAUAACGGGGAGUUGGAAAAUAUGGCAGAAAUUAUUGGUUGUCAAGCAGAGGUCUUUCCGUUCAGAUAUCUUGGCCUGCCUGUUGGAGCUAACAUGAAUAGGGUUGCCAACUGGAAGCCCGUGUAUGACAUAGUUGAAGCAGGGCUUGCGAAGUGGAAAGCGGCGAUGCUUUCUAUGGGAGGGAGAAUUACGCUGAUUAAGUCGGUUCUCGAGAGCUUACCGACUUAUUUCUUUUCUCUUUAUAAAGCCCCGGUUUAG